AGAGAGAGAGAGAGAGAGAGAGGGGGAGAGAGAGCACAUCCACCCCCCUGCCUCUGUGUUCUCACCCACACCUCCCUGAGCAGGAGCCGGCCGGUGAACGGCAUCGACGCGGAGACUGAAGAGCAGAGAGAGGACGACACCGCGGAACAAAAACAUACACAUAUAGAUCCACCACGCACCGCGGAGAAGGGGAUCAUAUCUUUUCUUUUCUUCCUGCUUCCGAGUCUGUUCCCUCGCUUCCUGCCUCCUCGCCCGGCUGGGCUCCGGGGGCUCCGGUCGAGGCUGGAGCGAGGAUCGCCUCCUUUUGUGUCGCUCCGCAGUCGUUGACUCGCGACUGGUGCCGCCGCUUGGCCCCGACUCGGGAGGAUUCGUUUCUGCUCCUCUGGUUUCGGCCCGAACGGAAUGAAUGACAAAAACAAGGGAGGUUGAUGUCCAUAACUCCCCGACUCACCUCGUCUUCGCCUCGCCCAAGGAACGGAGACUCCAUCUCCGGCAGAAGAUGGACAGCGGAGGCGGGACGGAGGGCUCGGACGGCGGGCAGCAGCAGCGGCACGACCCCCCGACGGAAGCGGCGGAGCUCUCCGCGGCGCUGUCCGCUCAGCCGCGCGGCAAGAAGAAGGUGAACCGGGCCCCGUCGCCGGCCAGACCGAAGGACGUACCCGGGUGGUCGCUCACCAAGAUCCGCGGCGGCAUUGGAACGCCGACCCUGAGCGUCAAGCCCGGAGCCAUCCACCUGGGCAGCCGCGUUUCCAGGCGCAGCCCCGCGGGAGGUCUGGCCGUAAAGGACGGCAGGGCGGAGAGGAGCGGCGGUGGCAAACCGGCGGGCAAACCCUCCUCCUCCGCCGCGUUGUCCAAGUCCCCGGCGGCCAAAGGCACCGGCGGCCGGAGGAAGGUGUCGGACGCCAGCAUAGGAUCCGACGAUUUGUCCAAGGACUCGGGCUGCGCCGCGGGGAAGCUCUCCCCGACCGACAGCAGCUCCGAGCUGUCGGACUGCGCCUCUGAGGAAAACAAGCACUCCACGGACGCGGCGAGCAGCGACGCGGAGUCGAGGAGCAGCCGCGGCGGCGGCGGCGGCGGGCCGGACGGAGACAGGCCGCUGCGGAACGGCGCGUUGCCGGACAGAGUUGGCCAACACGCCGCCGCCAAGACCGCCUGGUCCUCCGCGGAGAAGGACCGGCUCUCCCUGGGCGCGGAGACCGGGGAAGGGAGCAUAUCCCCCGGCGAGGAGCGCUCGGUCACCUCGUUUGACAGCAGGGUGCCGGCGAGCACCUCUCUGGCUUUCUCCGACCUCACGGAGGAGUUCGUGGACGGGAUGCACGAGGAGUUUGUGAGGGAAAUAGAGGAGCUGAGGUCCGAGAACGAUUACCUCAAAGACGAGAUGGAGGAGCUGAGGUCUGAGAUGCUGGAGAUGAGGGACAUGUACAUGGAAGACGACGUCUACCAGCUGCAGGAGCUACGGCAACAGCUGGAGCAGGCAAACAAGACCUGCCGCAUCCUGCAAUACCGGCUCAGGAAGGCAGAGCGGCGCUCUCUCCGCGUGGCUCAGACAGGGCAGGUGGACGGAGAACUAAUACGAACGCUGGAGCAAGACGUCAAAGUGGCGAAGGACGUGUCCAUCCGUCUCCACAACCAGCUGGACAGCGUGGAGAAGAAGAGGAGUCGUCUGGAGAAGGAGAACGAGGAGCUGAGGGGCCGACUGCAGGACCUUGAGGUCGCCAAGCAGGUCCUGCAGCAGGAGAUAGACAAGAACUCCCAAAAGAAAAGAGGAGCACGACCCAACAAUAAACCUGACAAGAAGCCCGGCCCUCAGGAGGACAGCUCAGACCUGAAGUGUCAGCUCCACUUCGCCAAAGAGGAAUCAGCCCUGAUGUGCAAGAAACUGACCAAGCUGGUGAAAGACAGCGAGGCAAUGAAAGAGGAGCUGGCCAAGUUCAGGUCGCUGUACGGAGAUGUCGACGCCUCGCUCACCGUGGAGGAGGUUGCUGACUCCCCCCACACCCGCGAGGCGGAGAUCAGAGUCCACCUGAAGCUGGUGGAGGAGGAGGCCAACCUGCUGAGUCGACGCAUCGUGGAGCUGGAGGUGGAGAACAGGGGUCUCCGGGCCGAGAUGGACGACAUGAAGGGGCCGCAAGAUGGACCUCAAGAACUGACUGGUGUUGGCCUGGGUCUUGGUCUCACUGGAGGAGCCAUGGUGCUUGGAGGAGGGGCUGCCUCUGAAAACGUCAUGGAGCUCCAGCGACACCUCCAGUUUGUGGAGGAGGAGGCGGAGCUGCUGAGGAGGUCUCUGAUCGAGAUGGAGGAACAGAACAAGCUCCUGAUGAACGAGAUCAACCGCUACAAGUCCGAACUCCCGCCGCUGAUGUCCACACUGUCGUCCAACUCACUCACGUCGUUGGGAGACGGGCUGCUCAACGACAGCCCGGUGCACACGAUACAGGAAGGGGCGGUGCUCAUCAGCACAGACACUCCUGUCCAGGAGGAGGAGCUGAGACUAGCGAGGCUUCAGAUUGGAGAGCUUGGCGGGAAAGUGAAGAAGCUACAGUACGAAAACCGAGUGCUUCUGUCCAACCUGCAACGCUGUGAUCUGGCCGCGUACAACACUCCUUCCUCCUCAUCCUCCUCGUCCUCAUUACGACUGGCUCUGGAGACUGACGCAGAGGCUGGAGACUCAGCCGAGUGCCUCCCCAGCAGCCCGCCCCAUCGCAAAGAGCCAGUAGGGGGCGAGAAUGACGCCCUCGAGAUUAAUGAGCGGAAAAAGAAGAUCGAGGACAUCGCUGAGGCGACGGCCUCCCUUCCUGCGUGCCUGGGGCAGAAGGACCAUGAUGCUUUGCUGGCCAUGAGGGACCAGGCUCGCUUGGUUUCCACGGCGAUACAGCUCCUGACCUCGCCCGAUUCCAACAGCCUCUCCUCUUCCCCAUCCAUCUACCACAAGGUCUGCAGCAACGAAGCUGCGGAGCCGUGCGACCUGGACAAACCUCCGCCUCACAGCCAGAUUUCAGAGCUGUCUGACCUGGCGGACCGGCCUCUGGUUGGUGCUCUGACCAGCAGGCUUCAGGCUCUGCACACCCAGCUGCAGGCCUUUGUGGAGCGGGUAGACUGUCUGGGUAAACCCCCAGCAGGUGGGAGGGACCCUUGGGUGGAGGGGGUGUCUCCGCUGGCCUCACCCUGCACCUCCCUCAUCUGCUCUGGAGAUGAUCAGGACGGACUUCAUACUGAGGAGGAGAAGCAGCCUGAUUACAGAGACCAAUCAGAGACAGAGGGGGAAGGUCCAACUGAAGAGAACAGCCAAUCAGAGAGCAACGAGGCACAGGUGCAGGAAACCAACCAGCUGGAGCAACAAGAGGAGGACAAAGAUGACGCAUUGCCUUACGAGUCUCCUGACCUCCAGACCCGGCUUUCCGAAGCAGAGGAGUCAGCUCAAGAAACUCAGGAGGAGCUGGAGAAUGAGAGGCCAACUCAGAAAGAAACUGCUCUAAAGCUCACACAGCUCCAGGAGGGGCACCAGAAGGCACUGCUCCGUCGGGACUUCCAGCUGCAGAGUUUGGGUCUCCAGGCUCGACUGCAGCAGAAGUUAUGGGGCCAGGAGAGGACUCUGCUGGUCCAGGAGUCUCAGCACCUGAAACAGGCCCUGUUACUGCUCAGCCUCAAACUACGCUGCUUCCUCAAACAGUGGCGACUUGGCUGCAAGAAGGACACGGAAUGCAAAGACAUCUUGGAGAUGAACAGCCUGAAGGAUCUCUACCUGCUGUUAGAGGAGGAGAACCUGACAAGCCCCGCCCACCAGUCUGACAAGAGGUCUGGUGCCGACGAACAGCCGCUAUGCCCAACGAUCAAGUCGAGUGCUGUGAGCAGUACUUUGGCAGACCUGAGGGUGUCGCUGCAGGAUCUGAGUGGUGAGCUGCGACAGGAGAGACAAGGCUCCCAGGAACUCACCCAGCAGUUCGCAAAGGCCAAGGCAUCAUGGGAAGUGGAGAGGACCGAACUUCAGAGCCUCAUCACGCAGUUCGAGGCCAAAGCAGGUAAAUCCGCAGCAGCCCUGUCCUCCACCGAUACAAUGGAGCCUCCGGAUCUGAAGGUGGCGCUGAAGCGGGAGCGUGAAGAACACCAGCACCUCCUGGCUGAGUCCUACGGCGCUGUGAUGGAUCUCACUAAACAGCUUCAGAUCGGAGAGAGGAACUGGGGCAGAGAGAAGCUGGAGCUGCUGGAGAGAUUCAGCCAGGAGAGAGCUCAGUGGGAGCAGAGAGUGAGAGAGGCCAAUGCACAGCAGGGGAAGUUUAAGUCAUCAGGUGGUGAUUCCUCUGCAGACGCCGUAGUUGCCAAUGGAACAGCGUCGCCAAGGACUAAAUCCUCAUCGGAGCUGGAUGGCCCAGAUGUCAACGGGGCAACCAACCGGGAGGAGAAAGUCCAGUUUGAAGUCCCGCCUCUUUUGAUUCGCCCAGAGCUUGGUGACCUCACCAGGAAGAAUUGGACCUACCUGACCAAUGAGACCCCAGACGUCGGGGACACCUGUAAAACCUGGGAUGGUCCCAGCGGCUCCUGCAGCAGCCUUGUGGGAUCCGAGCCGGAUCUGGAGUUGGUCCAGAGGAGCUACACUGCUCCAGACCGCACAGGCAUCCGGAUCUACUACAGCCCGCCUGCCGUGCGACGCAUCGAGCAGCGGAGAAGGAACCAGGAGUCACAGCAGGCGCAGAACGGGAGCUCCUCCCUGGGACCGUGUGGCUGGGAUGCGGGCGUACCUGCGGUGGAAACCCUCGAGGUUCAGCAACAGCAACAACCCUCCUCCUCCUCCUCCUGUUCAUCCUCGUACGAGCAGUGGCUGAGCUCACUGUCCAAGCAGCACAGGGAGCUGCUGGAGAGCAGGAGCAGCUGCAUCGCCAGUUCGAUCCCCAGUGUCGUCAACAGCGGCGUUGGCAGCUCGGCCAACAGUGUGGUUGACGGGAUCACAUCCUCUUCAGCUUUCCAUGGCCUGGAGAUUUCAGUCAACUUGAGUGAUGACAUGAAGGAGAUGACCAACUGUGUGCGCCAGGCCAUACGCUCUUCAUCUCUGGAGAGGAAAUCCAAGGAACCAGGAAGUCAGGUGGUCGGCGGCAUGUCCACCAGGUCCACGCAGACCGCCGCCCAGUACGUCAGCAUCGGGCUUCAGACCGACAACCUGCCAGGCAGCAGGGGGACGGGGUUACACUCCAAAGCCUGGUCUCCGCGCCCCUCGUCUACAGCCACCUCCUCGUUGGUGUCGGCCCGAGCCCGACAGAUUUCAACAUCGCUGGAUAAAGUUCAUAGCAGGAUCGAGAGGCCGUGCUGUUCACCCAAGUAUGGAUCACCGAAACUACAACGCAGAGUGUCUUCUGGCUCCACUUCUAGACUGGAAGUGUCUUCCUCCUCGAGGGACCGCAGCAUGUGGAGCCUCCAACAGAGACCCUUUGGUGGAGGUGGAGUUGGAGUCGUAGGUGGAGGUGGAGGCGGAGGCGGAGGUGGAGGCGGAGGCGGACGCUCAGCCUGGGCCCGCUCCACCACCACCAGGGACAGCCCCGUCCUCAGCGGCCUCACCGACGGCCUCUCCAGCCUCUUCAGUGUGGUGGAGCACUCUGGGAGCACAGAGUCGCUCUGGAGGGGUGACGGAGGAUCCAGCCAGGGUGCCAGUCCGGCCCGGCAGCCUCCCGCUGCAGGAAAACCCUCUGCGGUGGCAGUCUGUGGACCCGAGCCCAGCUCUCAGCGGUACGGAGGCCUGGUCCAGGAGUUCUUCAGAAAUGUCUGCAGCAGCCGUGGCCCGGCAGGAGUCACCCUGCCCGGGGAGAAAGUGCCGAGGGACUCCCCGGGCAGCCUCAGAGGUGUGGCUGUCUUGGGGGGUUUCAGCGACGUGGACGAGCCCAAGCCGGAGUUGUUGUCGGCUGGGGCUGGUGGGCUCGCAGCGCUGGCCGGGAUGAGUGCAUGCACCGACAGUGUGACCAGGAUUGUUAAUAAGCGGUUCAUGAGACAGACGGCUGGGGAAGAGAUGGUCAACAUCAUGGGAGGAGGGAAGGAAGCAACCAGCAUCGCCGGGGCUGCAGGAACAGGUCCAGAGGAUACACCCUGCGACUGCGCUGCCCAGUCGUCCUGCUCUGCCCGGCCAUCAAGAGCAGCAGGACGCCAUUCGCUCGGGCAGUGCAAGCACCGGCCACAAGAGUCUACUGCUGCAGCCGAGGACAAGAGGGACGCCUGCAGCGAGUGACCACACGUCUACUGCCACACGCAAAGACACUUGUACACGCACACACACAAAGUGAUACUGAUUCUUAACAAACACUGAACACCACUGCCAUGACAACAAAGCCUGCUCUCACGGCAACACAUGUACAUGCACACCCGCAACCUGCCACACACGGGCGCACACUGCCAGACACAACACACACUGCUAGCACACUGCACAGACUGCCUCACAACACUGCCACCCACACACACACACACUUUAACACGCACACACAAAACCAAGGCAACAUUACAAUUAUUUUGCAUCGAUCAUUCUAAUGGACAGGGAGGGCGAGGACUGAAACUCCAACCCAGCAACAGUUCAGACCAACACAUAACUACCAGCAGGACAGAAAACACACACACACACACACAUAAUAUUACACACUUUAUAAAACAUAAGUAACCCUGUCACCUGAAAGGACACUAACAAGUUAAUCAAUGAUGUCAGGACCGGACCUACCAACUCCACCACCCAUAUAAAACAGUAGAGGAGACAUUUGUCACUUCUUAAAAAAAAAAUAUAUAUAUAUAUAUAUUCUGUCUUCUUGGUUACUCUGUAACCUCAGCGGAUUUCUCUCUUGACCUGGUCAUAUACACACCUGCUCU